AUGCGCCGCGCUUUAUCUCGAAAGCCGGAAAGCAGCGUGGGUCUCAUUGUGUGCCCCCACUUGACCAGCAGCAAAAUCAAAAAUGGAACCAGAGGCGAAAUCAGGAGAAUCGAGGACAAGGCUGACGGGAAGCGCUUGUGGACGCAGGCUAUCAUUUUGAGGAUGGGGGAGCCGCCGGCCAACAAGCAAGUCCCCAUCAACUUCACGGGCUGGAUUUGCAUGGAUGAGGCAACGAAGGAGCACAACAUCUUUGCGGGGUGCCCCAUGGCCAUUGAUGGGGGGAACAGGGAGCCGAUCCCCUGGAACCCUGAGCGGGAGUAUGUGAUACCCAGCUUGGGAAAGGACUCGACGCCUUCAACCGCUGAAGGCUCCAGGCGAGGUGUCAAACUUAUAGGGAGCGCACCCCACAAAAAACAAACAUGUUUGAUUGGGUUGGUAUGA